CACAUACUAUCAUAAAAUUAAUGGAUCAUUAAACUGCACGUGUAUGAAAGGAUACUCAGGAGAAUGUAACUCGUGCCAGGUUAUUAACUCUGUAAGACUUCGGGGACCAAAAAGUUCUAUUGGCAAAGGUCGUGUAGAAGUAUUUUACAAUGGAGAAUGGGGAACAAUUUGUGAUCGUGGCUGGGAUAUAAACGAUGCUAUAGUUGUUUGUCGACAACUUGGUUAUGACAAUGCUGUCAGGGCUUUACUAGGAGGUGAUGUUCCUAAUGGCAGUGGAAGAAUAUGGUUGGAUUAUCUUUCUUGUGUAGGAAAUGAAAAUAUCAUUUCGAGUUGUUCACAUAGAGGAUGGGGAACCCAUAAUUGUGAACACUAUGAAGAUGCUGGUGUACAAUGUUCAGUUAUCAACUCUGUUAAACUUCGGGGACCAGAAAUUUCUAUUGGCAAAGGUCGUGUAGAAGUAUUUUACAAUGGAGAAUGGGGAACAAUUUGUGAUGAUGGCUGGGAUAUAAACGAUGCUAAAGUGGUGUGUCGACAACUUGGUUAUGACUAUUAUUUCAGGUCUUUACUACGAGGUAAUGUUCCACGUGGCAGUGGAAGAAUAUGGUUAGAUGACGUUCAAUGUGUAGGAAAUGAAAGUAAUAUUUCCAGUUGUUCACAUAGAGAAUGGGGAUUGCAUAAUUGUAGACAUUAUAAAGAUGCUGGUGUACAAUGUUCAGUUAUCAACUCUGUUAGACUUCGGGGACCAGAAAGUUCUAUUGGCAAAGGUCGUGUAGAAGUAUUUUACAAUGGAGAAUGGGGAACAAUUUGUGAUAAUGGCUGGGAUUUAAACGAUGCUAAAGUUGUGUGUCGACAACUUGGUUAUGACAAUGCUGUCUGGGCUUUACUAGGAAGUUUUGUUCCUUUUGGCAGUGGAAGAAUAUGGUUAGACUACGUUCGUUGUGUAGGAAAUGAAAAUAAAAUUUCGAGUUGUUUACAUAGAGGAUGGGGAUUGCAUUAUUGUAGACAUUAUGAAGAUGCUGGUGUACAAUGUUCAGGCUAGAAGGAAAGAUCCUAGUGAUGGGGAAUCAUGUCAAAGAAAUACACUAAAAACUUAAUUCUAAUCGAAGAUCGUAAAAAGUGUCGUGGAAAAUUUGAAAGCUUAUGUAGAAAAUGCUGUGUGUUGGACAUUUUUAUCCAUUGUUGAAAUGUAUCUGUAAUACAAAACUACGUGUAGACAAAUUGUAAUCAACCAUAUUAUCAUAUAAAGUAAAUGUACAUAUUAUCAUAAUCUAUAAAAAAAAAUAUAAA